CGGAGCGGUGAGGUGUGCGCUGCUGGCUCCGUAUUGGUUCGUGCGAUGUGUUUCUGAGGGCAGCCGGCAUUCGGUCAUUUUAAACAGAAUCUCAGCAAGUCGUGUCGGCUUUCAACUGGUAUACAGCUAAACAAAUUUGCGUGUUGCCCUGCCUAGAGACUGCCAUUAGUGAAAGCAGCCCGAUGGAGCACAGCAACAAAACGGCCAUCCAGAAAGCGGUGAAGCUGGUCCACCUUGAUUUAAAAGGGGCUCCGCCAAGGAUAUCCUAUUUUGCUCAGGUGUUCCCCCUGUUUUCUCAACUGGGAGCCAAUGGCUUGCUUGUGGAAUAUGAAGAUAUGUUUCCAUAUGAGGGAAGACUGCAAGUCCUGAGAGCAAAUCACGCAUACAGUAAAGCAGAAAUCGGUGAACUUCUGGAGCUAGCAAAGGCCAAUGAGUUGGAAGUAAUUCCAUUAGUGCAGACCUUUGGGCACAUGGAGUUCGUCCUAAAGCAUAAGGAAUUCUGCAGCCUGCGGGAAGUCACAACUCUGUCCAAUGCGCUGAACCCUCAUAAAGACGAAGCCAUGAAGCUGGUCCAGGAGAUGAUUGACCAGAUGUUGGCCCUCCACCCAGCUGCACGCUGGCUUCACAUCGGGGCUGAUGAGGUGUACUGCCUUGGCGAGGGUGAGGAGUCUAAGGUGUGGCUUUCUCACAGCCAGAAUCACCUGAGCAAACUGCUGCUGUCACAUCUAGCUAAGGUGGCCAAGCAUGUAAUCACUACGCAUCCCCACGUGAGGCCGCUGAUUUGGGAUGACAUGCUGAGGACCAUGGAGGUCAGCUUUCUUGCAGAAUCGGGACUCGGACAAAUUGUGGACCCAAUGAUAUGGUACUAUAGCCCAGACCUUGAUGUGAAGGAAACAGUUAAUUUAAUUGAAAAGUAUCAGCACGGUGGAUUCUCAAGGCUGUGGAUCGCCAGCUCUUACAAAGGCUCCACAGGGGCCAAUCAGUGCGUAACUCUCAUAACGCACCAUCUGGACAAUCACCGACAGUGGCUGCAGGUGGUCCAAGCACUGCCCGAAGGCUCCGUGGAGUUGCAAGGAAUCGCCCUGACUGGGUGGCAGAGGUACGACCACUUUUCAGUGCUGUGUGAGCUGCUGCCCGUUGCAAUCCCAUCCUUGGCUGUCUGCCUUCAGACUGUGCAACACGGAGACUUCACAGAGGAGGCAGAAGCUGCAGUCAGACGAGUCCUGGGAAUUUCAGACAUGGAAAUUGACAAAUAUGUCAGAGAAGAUUUAGGGACCUUCCCAGGUUGUGACAUCGCCAAGCUUGUGACUCAAGUGAGCGCUUAUUUAAAAGUGACAGUGGACAACUUUCUGGAAGGCAACAGGUUUAUUGGUGGUUGGUUCAGCCAGUACCACAGAAAACACAAGUUUGUCCACCCUCUCCUGGUCCAGCACUUUGAACCAGAAGCACACGAGAUGCUUGCCAAGUGGAAUUCUGUUGCAGAGGAACUCAAAGAAGCACUCGCUAGGAUCUAUUAUCCUGACGCAGUUGAAGAGUGGAUGGAAGAGCACGUGAACCCAUCACUGGGCAGGAUUCGGGAUCUGGUUCAUGACAUUGCAGAAGCCAAAGGAGAUCAAGCCUAAAGCACGUUAGGGGGUCUUCAGCAGUCAUGACGUUUGUUUCGGCAAGAUGACCGAGACUGCAGUUUCUGAUCUGCUUGUGAUUGUUCUGCACAGUAGACCUUAAGAUCUUUCUCUGGAAAUGGUCUGUUAUUGUGACAUUCAUUUGUACCCUACAAUGGGCCCACUCAUCUAGCAGGGAGAGGCACAGCCUGAACGGCCUUAGUGCUUAACCAAACCUACAUCAUGAGAGUACAAUUGGAGGAAAGGUCACACAAAAUGUUCAGGCUUGAUCCCGGCCCUGGGGGGCAAAACCACUGGUGCUUCUUCUACAUGCAGUAGAUACAUACCAUCCCAAGCCCUCUUGACCUAAAAGAAGGUUCACAGGAGAGCAGGAGCAUUGAUCACAAACGCUGAACACUGAGCCAGUCCAUCACCAGACACACACAAACACUGGGGUCACUUUACAGGGUUGUUACUGUCACACAUACAGAGUACAGUGAAAUAUGUACUUGGAUGCAAUAAUCAACAUGCAAUAUGUCGCCACUCUCCUGCAACGUGAUCAUAAAUAAGAACUACCUGACCUCAAGACAGCUAUCUACCUUACCUGGGAAAUCCAAAAACACCGUUUACAGCACUAUCUACCUACCACUAGGAUGCUAAGUGUCAUUCACAUCGACUAAAACUUCUCCGAGGCAUUGGUUAUUACAGUACACAUGACCAGCAGCUUGCAUUUCUACUGCUAGGGACAACUGUAAUAUCUUAAUAAUUGUAACAGUUUCUAUCCAUCAUCAAUCCAUGUUGGCUUUCAUCGUAACCCUCAAUUUCCCAGAUCUCCCACUAUACAGAACUUGUUGUUGCCAUUAUAUAUUUAUCAAACUAGGGAAAACUGGGAAAUGGGUUUUUUUUUUUGCCUCCGCUUUGCUCGAUCAGCUGCUGGAUGAUCUGCAUCUCACGUGACUCAUUUCUCUCAUAUCACCUAUGUCCAUAUAUUCGCUCUCUUUUUGCUUUUACCUUUUCGUCAAUAUCGAACCGAAUUUUGAUUCCGUGUUUGGAAUAGCAUUGUGACAACACAACGUAUAACUGCCCACAAGUGAAUAUCGUUUCUUUCUCUCUACAAGAAAUGUGUCUGACAAUAUCAUUCACACAAAUGAGAAAUGAUUGAACCGUGUGUGUGGUUAUGUGGGCAGGACUUUUCCAAAUCUCUUUGCAUAAACUCUCGUGGGGCUUCCGGCCCCGGGCGUGGUUACAUCUCUUGACACAGACUCGUCUCGCAGGACGUGAAAGUGUCUCCCUCCCUGUGACAAUCGCGUCUCGUUACCUUCCAAGAAUUUUUUUUUUUUUUAUAUAACAGAGAGAUAGUAGAGUCAUCAGUAAACCAAACCACAUGUCUUUGAGGACAGGAGGGGAAACUGACAACAGUCACAGGAAGAACAGGCAAACAUCAUAAAGACAACAACUGUUCAUAUCUUAUAUAUAAAUAUCUACGCAUGGAAGUGCGAGGCUACAGCAUGAAGCUGAAAGAAAGCGACUCCAUCAGGAAAGUUAAAUCGCUGAGGAAAACUUGCUUAGCCGCUAAUACACAAGUAAGGUGAGCACAUUGCCAAAACAAAACUGCCAACAAAUAUUUCUUGUGACGAUUUCAAAAGUUUCUUGGACCCCAGGUUUUUCACAGCACGGGCUCACACAGCUAGUGUAUGUAUAAAUUGCAUAUUAGUGUGUGUACAUAUAUACAUAUAUGUAUAUAUUGCGUCCCACCACACGUUUUCUAGAACCAGGAAUAUAACUGAAAAAGUAGAAGCAGGGUUAAGGGGUUGGAUGAGUGCUGGCAUUUUGACUUCAGUAUCAACACCAGCUUUCAGACCUCAGUGCCCAUAUGAAAGCCAUUCCAAAGCAACCGCCAGAUGAUUCCAAAACUCCCGUCCUACGCCAGUCUCCCUGGUGCAUCACUACUCCCUUGAUAGCAGUAAACUCCCAAUGAUGUUGCAAAGCAAUUGUAAUGAUGGGGUGGGGGGGUAAUGAGAUUCGGGUGGUUUUGGGGACCCAACCCCCCCCCAUGAAGGUCCGAUGGCGUUGAAGCGUGCAGUUUCAUUUCGUGAAGUGAAAGAAAUGGACAUUUUCCACUACUACAAUAACGAAUGUCGAUGGACGGUUAUUUUGGGGUUGGUACUGAGAGGAAUGCUGACAUUUAUUCCCGAAAUGCUGGUAUCGUACCAUUUUCAAAUAUGUGUUUUUUUCCAGUACUAUAUACCACGCAACCCUAG